CAAAAAUGGCCAAGAGACUUUGGAUUUGUUGCUGUAAGUUAUCAUCAACUUCGCAUAUUCAUUCAUGGGGCAAUCCAAAGAUAACCCGACCGCCAACCACCUCUCUGAUAUUGGGGCGGACUUGGAGGACGGAAUGCUGAUAGCAUCACCAUUUCCAUGGACUGCACCUCAUCUGCUGAGGCUGAACUUUUGUGCUCUCAGUCUUGUCUUGUUCGCUUCGGCAAAUGGAUACGACUCGAGUAUGAUCAAUAGUUUGCAGUCCUUACCCCCCUGGGUAUCCUUCAUGUCAAGCCCCACAGGAGCCUGGCUGGGAUUUAUCACCAUUGUAUACUGGAUAGGACUGCUUCUAGCUUACACCGUUGCUCCAUAUAUAUCCGACCGGUUUGGGCGAAAGAUAGGUCUAUAUAUCGGGCUUCUAUUCGUGACUGCCGGAGCAAUACUACAAGGACUCUCGCCGAAUCCGACCAGCUGGAUUGUUGGACGUGGUCUGGCAGGGUGUGCAGCCAGCUUUUGGAGUUGUAAUGCUCCAGUACUCAUCAGCGAGAUUGCAUACCCGUCGCAUCGAGCAACCGUUAGCUCCUUCUAUCAAUGUGGUUAUUAUGUCGGAAGCACCCUCGCUGCUUGGAUUAUCUACGGUAUGCUGGGUAACUCUUCCUCAUGGAGCUGGCAAAUUCCCUCGCUCCUGCAACUCAUUCUACCACUUUGUGCACUGCCUGGUCUCCUGCUCUGUCCAGAAAGUCCUCGGUGGCUCCUAUCGCAGGGACGAGCUGAGGAGGCCCACGCAAUUCUUACAAAGUGGCAUGCUGGGGGUGAUAGGAACAGCCCACUUGUCUUUCAGCAAAUGCAUGAGAUUCAGGCUGCUCUCAAGAUUGAGACCGAGUCUGUACAACACACAAGCUACCUCUAUAUGCUGAAGACAAAGGCCAAUCGUCGCCGUCUCGUAAUCACCCUAUCCAUAGCCCUGUUCAGCCAAUGGGGUGGAAAUGGGGUUGUCUCGUUUUAUCUUACAGAGGUCCUCAAAGCCGUCGGCAUCACCAAGUCAAGCGAGCAACUUAUCAUUACAGCUUGCCUUCAGAUAUGGAAUCUUAUCUGCGGAAUUAGCGCGGCUCUCCUGGUGGACCUAGUGGGCAAGCGUUCUCUGUUUCACUCAUCGGCAAUCAUCAUGACCAUCAGCUAUAUUAUGAUAACAGCGUUCACGGCGAGCUUUGAAGAACAUCAUGAACGCUCGGUAGGAACUGCUGUGAUUCCAUUUCUGUUCAUUUAUUUUGCUGGUUACGGCAUCGCCCUGACCCCGUUACUCAUUUCCUAUCCUUGUGAAAUAUGGCAAUUUAGUCUCCGUACCCGAGGGCUUAGUAUUACAUGGAUUUCAUCCUGUUUGUUUGCCUCCUUCAAUUCGCUGGUCAAUCCGAUCGCCCUCGAAACCAUCUCGUGGAAGUACUAUUUUGUAUUUCUGGCAAUCCUUAUUGUAUAUGGCAUAACCGAGUACUACAUGUACCCCGAAACAAAAGGCCGUUCCUUGGAAGAUAUCCAAAGGCUGUUUGAGAGCGAAAACCCCGAACCAACGUCAAGCAGGACGACUGACUAA